GCAAUGCUCCAUAGCAACAUCAGUACCAGCGGAGGAGCGCUAUAGCGGGCGACCUGGGAUAAAUAUCCUGAGAAUAUCUGAAACAGGUGCUGCAUGCUGACAGCAUGGACGACCAGAAGGAGUCACUGAGGAAGAUUAUCACUACGUUGGCUCUGAAGAAUGAAGAAAUUCAGAACUUCAUCUGUUGUCUAAAGCAGAAUCUAGAGAACCUAGAGGUAAUCACCAUAGUGAACUCAAACCGAGCGCAGGAGGAUCUGGAGUCAGAGUUUAGUUCUCUGCAUGCUGUCCUGGACGAAUUGAAAGAGGGCAUGGUGACACGCAUCAAGCAGGAAAGAGCCAGCCGCACAUAUGAGCUACAGAGCCAGCUGAGCGCAUGCACCAAAGCCCUAGAGAGCUCAGAGGAGCUGCUGGAAUUAGCCAAUCAGACGCUCUGCUCAUCCGGGAAUGACAGCUUCACUCAGGCGGCCAAAGACAUAAAGGAUAGUGUGACUAUGGCUCCAGCGUUUCGGCUGUCCCUGAAAGCAAAGGCCAGCGACAGUAUGAAUCACAUGAUGGUGGACUUCACUCAGGAAAGAAACAUGCUAAAGGCCAUCACAUUUCUUCCAGUGCCUGGCACACCAGAAAUUCUCGUGGCAGAAUGCCAGGUGUUUGAUAACACAGUCACAGUGGCGUGGAGCUUACCUGAAGCCGACUCCAAAAUUGACCACUACAUCCUGGAAUAUCGGAGAACCAAUCAUGAAGGUCCCCCUCGGGCUCGAGAAGACUAUCCCUGGAUGGUGAUGGAAGGGAUAAAAGAAACUGAGUACACACUCACAGGCCUUCGUUUUGACACGCGUUACAUGACCUUUAGAGUGAAGGCGUGCAAUAAAGCUGUGGCGGGUGAAUUCUCAGAGCCAGUUUCUCUAGAAACACAUGCAUUCGUCUUUAAACUUGACGCAGGUUCAUCCCAUCAGAACCUGAAGGUGGAGGAUCUCAGCGUGGAAUGGGACAGCAGUGGUGGGAAGGUCCAGGACAUCCGUAAGGAAAAGAACAGGACCAACUCUCCCAUGCAUUCUCCUGCCAGGACAGCCAUGAUGUCCCCCAAAAGAGCUCCAUCAGCUAGAGUGGGCCGAGACCGCUUCACAGCAGAGUCUUACACUGUCCUGGGAGACACCAUGAUCGAUGCUGGGCAGCAUUACUGGGAGGUACGGUUUGAUAAGGAGAGUAAGGCGUUUGCAGUGGGGAUCGCUUUGCGGUCUCUAGGUCGCUUUGAUCAGCUGGGGAAGAGUAAUGCUUCCUGGUGCAUCCACCUGAACAACUGGCUUCAGCAGAGCUUCACAGCCAAGCACAACAAUAAAGCCAGAACACUGGACUGCCCCAUUCCGGACCGCAUCGGCAUUUACUGCAACUACGAAGAGGGCACAUUGUCUUUUUACAACUCCAGAACCAAAACUCUCCUUCAUACCUUCAGAACCAAGUUCCAGCAGCCUGUUAUACCAGCCUUUAUGGUGUGGAAUGGGAGUUUCUCAGUGCAGACGGGCCUUCAGGUACCCAGUAUCGUGUUGAGCGGUCAGAAGAGGAACAGCAAUACAAGCAGCUCUAAUGCCAGCCUUACCUAGAUCAUACUUCACUGAUAAACAUACACUCUAGAACGGCUACAUGUAUACACAGGUUUGGAGAACACCUGGCUAACCCUGACACAACAAGCCUGGAGGCUCUUCCUAUCAUCACUAUGUCAUGCCAGCCCAGGGGGAGAGCUGCUCUAGUUUGCCUUCCUCAUUCCUUUUAGCUCACUGGUCUGGAUUCUGUGCCUUUCAGUGUCCUGAAUUAAGACAUGAUGGGGUA